CGUCUCAGUAACAACAAACACGGCAGCUCCUACACCAGCACCAGACACGCUCCAAGCUUUUGAAUCAUUCGGGACCAGAGAAUGCUCAUGGUUAACUUUGCCGUUAAUUUUAGACGUUACAAAAUAAAUUAAGCGGGAUAUUUAUGUCUUAAUGGAGACAAAAGCUGUGAAGUGGUAGCAAACUCGCUGUGUCCGCGAGCCCAUCAGCCAAAACUUCACUCCCCUUUGCAACACAAGCAGAUGAACUUGGAGGAGUCACAAAGAUUUCUCAUAAAGGAAGCCAGUAACAGGAUUGUGAUGAGUCUGUAUUCAUCACCCGUCUAACUACCUACUAAGGAGGGGUUUUAGACUUCAAGUCUCUACGAUGGAUGAGGAUACCCCAACUCUGAAGCCCAGGCGCAUCCAGAAUCAGAAUGUGAUCCAUCGUCUUGAGAAACGAAGGAUCUGCUCUGGUCGACCUGGAGCUCACUGGUACAGAGUGCGCUGCUUCCACCAGAACGUAUUCCCUAACUUCACUGUGGUCAACGUGGAGAAACCACCAUGCUUCCUCAGGAAGUUCUCACCAGAUGGACGCUGCUUCAUUGCCUUCUCUUCUGACCAGACAUCUCUGGAGAUUUAUGAAUACCAAGGCUGUCAGGCGGCUCAGGACCUGCUGAGAGGUCAGGAAGGAGAAACUCUUCUAACAGCAAAUGACCAGCGCUCCCUCAACAUCCGAGGCCACUUGUUUGAGCGCUUCUUCUCUUUGCUUCAUGUCACUAACGUGGCAUCAAAUGGAGAGCACCUUAACCGGGAGUGCAGCCUCUUCACAGACGACUGCCGCUAUGUCAUCGUCGGGUCGGCUGUUUACGUUCCAGAGGAGCCACCGCCAUACUUCUUUGAGGUGUAUCGCAACAAUGAAUCUGUGACUCCCAACCCUCGGUCUCCUUUAGAAGACUACUCUCUCCACAUCAUCGACCUCCACACCGGCCGGCUGUGCGACACCAGGUCUUUUAAAUGUGACAAGAUCAUCCUGUCACACAACCAAGGUCUCUACCUCUAUAGGAACAUCCUGGCUGUGCUGUCGGUCCAGCAGCAGACCAUCCACGUGUUUCAGGUGACUCCUGAAGGAACAUUUCUGGAUGUAAGGACUAUUGGUCGCUUCUGUUACGAGGAUGACCUCUUGACUCUUUCAGCUGUGUAUACAGAAGCUCAGGCAGAGAGCCAGCCUGGCUUCCCUCGCUUGUACACCGAUAAAACCAUCAACUCCCUCAAACACAGGCUGCUGGUCUACCUGUGGAGGAGGGCAGAGCAGGAUGGCAGCGCUACUGCCAAGAGGAGGUUUUUUCAGUUUUUUGAUCAGCUGAGAAGGUUGAGGAUGUGGAAGAUGCAGCUGCUGGACGAGCAUCACCUCUUCAUUAAAUACACUAGCGAAGAUGUGGUCACACUCAGAGUCACAGACCCCUCGCAGCCUUCGUUCUUCGUCGUGUACAACAUGGUGUCCACUGAGGUGCUAGCCGUCUUUGAGAACACCUCCGACCAGCUGCUGGAGCUGUUUGAGAAUUUCUGUGACCUGUUCAGAAAUGCCACGCUGCACAGCCAGGCUGUCCAGUUUCCCUGCUCUGCCUCAUCCAAUAACUACGCACGGCAGGUCCAGCGAAGAUUUAAAGACACCAUAGUGAACGCCAAAUAUGGCGGCCACACUGAGGCGGUACGCCGGCUGCUUGGUCAGCUGCCCAUCAGCGCCCAGUCGUACAGCAGCAGCCCUUACCUCGACCUCUCCCUCUUCAGCUAUGAUGACAAGUGGGUGUCGGUGAUGGAGAGGCCCAAGACCUGCGGAGACCACCCCAUCAGGUUUUACGCGCGAGACUCUGGCCUGUUAAAGUUUAAGAUCCAGGCGGGCCUGCUUGGACGGCCGGUUAAUCACACCGUUCGUCGCCUGGUUGCCUUCACCUUUCACCCUUUUGAACCUUUUGCCAUCUCGGUCCAGCGCACCAACGCAGAGUACGUGGUCAACUUCCACAUGCGACACGUCUGCGCAUGACGAGCAAGCGUACGGAGGACAAACCGCAGGCUUCUGUUAGCAGCUGCUGGUAACAACACAACAAACAUGUUCUCCAUCAGGAGCCACAAAACACUUCCUCCUCACCUCCUGAGAAACCACUGCUCCUCUCCUCUUUCGUUCACCAUCACUCCGGUCACUCCACCUCUGCCCCUCGUCCUCCUCAGCGAGAAGGCAGCAAUUCUGCUUUUUCUUUUUUACCUCCUCUUCCCCCCCUUCCUCUGCAAAACAAAGAGGGGCUUGUAGGGAGGAGAGGCUGGAAUAAGUGGAGAUGGAGAUGUGAAGAGAGUGAUUGAUGUGUCACGGAGGAGGGAGCCGCAGGUAGCCGUACCUCUUAGAAGGAGCCAGAGGUAUUUUCUUUAUCCUGCCGUGCACAUUCAUGUCAGAAAAGCAUAUCCAGCUGCUCCUCAACCAGCUCUCUGACAAACUUUCUUUUUCUCACAUGGAUGGAGGGAGAGGUAAUUUAAUUUUAUAUUGUUUUUAUUAUUAUUUUUUAUGCUUGUACAUAUUCUGUGCCAAUAAAACUGCCACAUUUUG